CGCGGUCCUUUGCACCUUCCCGCCAACUGCUCAAUCAAUUGUGUUGCCACAUUUGCUCCAGUAUUGUUAUCGCUGUUGCUACAUCAUGUCCGGUCUGGAUAUGCUGCCUUCGUCUCAAUGCAGUAGUCUACCAACCUCCCCCACUGCCGCAUCUUCCUCGCUUGCCGCCAGCAAUAAACCCAAAGGGCAACCUUCCAUCACACCUCGACGCUUUACGAGGUUCUUCACACCCGUCACAACACGUUCAUCCACAACCUCAAAGUCGUCCAAGAGACUCAAGGAUGUCACCAAGAAUGCAGUCAACCAAGUCAAGUUCGGUGGCUUCCACGAUGUCCCUCAAUUCGAGACGCCACGCAAGAAGAGGAAGGUGCUACCCACUCCAGAAAGUUCUCCUGUCCAACCUCUUGACUCCUCACCCUUGAGGCCGCUCAACUACCACUACCACGUUCCGUCCAACCUUUCUCACCACCGUGACUUCGACUAUGAUGCUUCGGACAUUGAGGAAGAGGAUGAAGAAGAGGAGGAAGAGGAAGAGAAGCAUUUCCCGGAACUCAUCACACGCCUACCGAAUGUCGGAACAAGUAGUCGCAUCCUGCAACGGAGCUUUGGUGGUGGUAGAGCCAUCAAUCGUGGCAGGAUCAACGACCACUGUGUGCCUGAUUGGCAUGCCCAGACAGCCGACUUUUACAGCCGCCCUGAGGACUGCUAUAGCUAUCGUGGUGACGCUCUGCCGUUCUGUGUGACUCGUUGCAACACCAACUCUCUUGUUGCUAUUGGCGACGAGGAAGGCGGUGUUAGGCUGAUAGACUCGGCCUACACAGACAACUCCUUCUUCCAGCACCAUGUCAGCUUCAAGCCUCACCACAACGCCAUCAUGGACAUGGCCUUCUCCUCUGACGACUACUCUUUCGCCACUGGCUCGGGUGAUCAGACUGCUCGUAUCGUCGAUAUGCACACCCAGCAGACGCGCUACGUCAUGAAGGCUCACAAGUCAUCCGUGAAACAGGUUCGCUUCCAGCCUGGAAACGACAGCAUUGUCGCCACCUCUAGCCGCGAUGGUAGUGUCAUGAUCUGGGACCUACGCUGUCGCGGCCAGGAUGCUCCCGUUGCAGACUUUGUCGUCAACUUCGAAUCUAGCAAUGGCAUGGCGAACGCUGCUCAAGCUCAGAACAAUGUCACUUAUGCCUCCUGCGUCAAUAGUAUGCGCGAUGCACAUGGCCUGCAGCAUGACCGUUCUGACGUUUCCAUUACCGCACUUUCAUUCCUUCCAAACUCACGCUCUCACCUACUGCUAACUGCGACUGAAGCAAACGCUAGCAUCAAGCUAUGGGACCUGCGAGGCAAAUACACGUCUCGUCGUGGAGGUCCUUCACGCGACAGCUCGGUCCCUGUUUCCAGCACCCGCGAGCCAGAAGCCCAUAUUAAGCACCGCCAGUUCGGCAUUAGUAGUCUGUCCUUGAGUGGUGAUGGUAGCCGCUUCUACGCCCUAUGCCGCGACAGCACUGUUUACGCUUACUCCACCAACCAUCUCAUUCUGGGCUCUGCUCCCGAGCUUGAUGUUUCGAUCAACACACAAGCUUCAAAGUGGUUCCGACCCCGACAAGGACUUGCCGGUAUUGGUCCUCUGUACGGAUUCCGUCACCCCAUGUUCAAAUCUACAUCGUUCUACGUAAAGUCUGCCUUACGACCCGCCACAUCAGCCCACCCAGAGAUGCUUGCUGUUGGUAGCCGCGAAGGCUGUGCUGUCUUGUUCCCUACAGACGAGUCUCUCUUGCAAAAGAAGAAACCCAAGCAAACAAACUCGGGUUGCUCUACCCCUAUUAGCGAUCGUGAAGAGACGUCCGGUCUCCGCUCCCGCAAGUACCAAGACACAUCGCUGCCUAUAUACACUCAAGGCACCGCACUCAUCAGGGCUCAUGGUACGUCCGAGGUCACAAGCUUGACAUGGAGCACCGAAGGAGAGCUGGUCACUCUUGGGGACAAUUUCAGUGCAAGAUGCUGGAGAGAAAAGGACCGCAACGCCGCGAAAGACAUGCGGAUCUGCGGUGAAGGUCAAGGCGCUCGCUGGGGUUGGGGAUGGGCUGACGUUGAGGGAUAUGAUGAGGAGGAAGGAUGAUGCGACACUUGUGUACUCGCAUCAACACGAUGAAGAUGCGAGGGGCGGCUGUUCGAUGGUGGACUGUUAUGACUUGCUUUUUUUGUUUGCUCCGUUUUGAACAAGAAUAUACCCACAGCCUCUAUGGCGUAGCGCAGCAAUUGAGAUGGCUCUUCUCUUGCUUUUGUACUUUAGAAAUGUUAGACAGCUAAUAAAGAAUGACAUGGUUCUUACACCAAAA